AUGGCUGAUGAUGAUGAUUUCACCUUUUGUCGGGUUGGGGUUCCCGCCAUUGAAGAUGGUAUUGAAACCCAUGAUGUUGCUCGGGAUGUUAGUGAGAUUCGGAUACAUGAUGACAAUGUGAAAGCUGCAGAUGGAAGUAGUAAUCAGAAAAGUGGUAGUAUAUGGAAAGAUAAUAAUGUUUCUCAGGAGGGGACUGUUGGUUCAUUGUCUUUUAAUGUUAUUGAUGCAUCACCUAAAAUUGAAGUCAAUGAACGACCCAAACCAGCAAUGAUGGAAGUCCCUGGAGGUUCAAUGAAGGCUUCACAGGCUCAGAAGACUCCUUCAAAGAAGCCCGUGCAGCGAGCCAAGGUUCCUUUCGAGAAGGGGUACAGCCAGAUGGACUGGCUUAAGCUUACGAGAACACAUCCAGACCUAGCAGGAUUAAAGGGACAAUCAAAUAAGAGACUUGUAUCUUUGAAUGAAGUGAAACAGAAUCAAUCUGAAGGUUCCAUGUGGACUGUUCUUAAAGGUCGUGUCUAUAAUAUAGCCCCGUACAUGAAAUUUCAUCCAGGAGGUGUCGAUAUGCUGAUGAAGGCAGUUGGAAAAGACUGCACGGCAUUAUUCAAUAAGUACCAUGCUUGGGUAAAUGCAGAAUUUAUGUUGGAGAAAUGUUUGGUGGGUAUUUUAGACGAGGGCCGUUGA